GAGAGAGGGAGCGCGAGCGAGACAGAUGGGAGGGUUGCUUGAGUGAGAAACAGGAAGGUGUGUGAGUGAUAAACUGAAUGAGAAAAAGACAUUAGCUCUAAGCUUGAGGGAGAUCAGCUACCUUUCAGCAUGAGCCAGUAGACACUGAGAGAGUGUGUGUGUGUCUGUGUGUGUGCACAGGAGACGGUUCAGCCAGCGUGUGUGUUUGUGGGUUGUGUAUAUUUAUGUAUGUGUGUUUGACUAUUUGUUGGGACAUGUGUGAGGGGCUGCGUGUGUAGACAUAAAAAGAUGUCAAAGCAGCAUUUCUGUUGAUAUCAAACAAGAUGGAUUCCCAGCAGAAGAUGACGUUGGACAUCUCCACGACAGAUCCCCAGGAGGACUUUGAUAUUCUCGUCAGGGUUGGAGGAGGGACCUAUGGAGAUGUGUACAAGGCUCGUUACAAACAGAACGGUGAGCUGGCAGCCAUGAAGGUGGUCACGAUGGAACCAGAGGAUGACUUCUCCAUCAUCCAGCAGGAGAUUGUCAUCGUGAAGAGCUGCAAACACAACAACAUAGUGGCCUACUACGGCAGCUACAUAUGGGCCAACAAGCUGUGGAUCUGCAUGGAGUUCUGCGGCGGGGGCUCCCUCCAGGAUGUCUACCACGUGACUGGUCCUAUGACAGAGCUCCAGAUAGCCUACAUCUGCAGAGAGAUGCUGCAGGGCCUGGACUACCUCCAUGGACAGAAGAAGAUUCACAGGGACAUCAAGGGCGCCAACAUCCUCCUCAAUGACCAGGGAGAGGUGAAGCUAGCGGACUUUGGGAUUUCUGCCCAGAUUACAGCGACUCUAGCUCGCAGGAUGUCCUUCAUUGGGACGCCAUAUUGGAUGGCGCCAGAGGUGGCGGCUGUGGAGAUAAAGGGAGGCUACAAUGAGCUGUGUGACAUCUGGUCGGUCGGCAUCACAGCCAUAGAGCUGGUGGAGAUGCAACCACCCUUGUUUGAUGUACAUCCACUACGGGUCCUGUUCCUCAUGUCUAAAAGUGGCUACCAGCCUCCCAAAUUAAAGGACAAGUCCAAAUGGUCCUCUGCGUUCUACAGCUUUGUGAAGGCCAUGCUGGUGAGGAACCCCAAGAAGAGGCCGAGUGCCUUCAAGAUGCUGUCGCACAUGUUCGUGACCCAGCAGGGCCUGAGGCAGCAGCUGACCAUGGAGCUCCUGGACCGGCUCAGGAACCCGGAGAAGCUCAGGAGCUGUGUGUCAUCAGAGGAGGACGACAUGGAGGUGGCGGUUCCUGGUCACCUGAGAAGAAUCCAGUCCAUUAACCGACACAACCAGGCCGAGAGGACAGACUCCGGGGCCAACAUGAAUCAGAUUUACACCACGAGGCCGGUGGAAAAAACGUUACAGUUGGGGCCAUCGUUCCCUAAAAUUGGUGGUAAAAGUCCAAUCAGGGACGACAACAUGGAAUCAGACGAUGACUAUGAUGACGUGGAUGUCCCCACGCUACAAUCGAGGAGGAGCCAGACCAUGCCAUUUGACGAAACCCCUCCUCCUCUACCUCCGAAGCCCCAGGCACGCACCAGCUCAGAAGAAAGUGUGACAGGGGGGGAGGAAGAGAGGCCCUCCUACCCCACCCGUUGCCCUGUGGCCAGGACCUCCAGUGGGACUCAACCCCUACCUGAGCGGCCCUCCUACCCCACCCGCGGCCCUGUGGCCAGGACCGACAGUGGGACUGUCACUCAACCCCUCCCUGCGCCCCGCCCAAACUCCACCAUACAGCAACGCCCAAAGAGCCAGACUGAACUCACCCCUCCGCAGCUGCCUCCGAAAGACCCUCACAGGAGGCAGAAAACCAAGAAGCUAUCAGAGUCCGUCAGUCCGGUCUCGAAGAAGCCCCCUGUGUACUUUAAGAAGGUGUUCCACGGCUGUCCUCUGCAUGUGAACUGCUCCACGGCCUGGGAAAACCCAAGUACCAGAGAACAACACCUGAUCCUGGGGGCCGAGGAGGGCAUAUACACCCUCAACCUCCACAGCUCCGAGGCAACCAUGGAGCUGCUGUUCCCAGGGAGAUGCACCUGGCUCUACACCAUAAGCAACGUCCUCAUGUCUGUCUCAGGUAAAUCCUCCCAGCUCCACUCCCACCUCCUGAAGGAGCUGUACGAGCAGGCCCGCAAAGACCAGAGGCUGGGGGCCCUGCCCACACACAGGCUGCUACCCAGGAAAUAUGCAGUGACGGUUAAAGUACCAGAUACGAAAGGCUGUAGGACCUGUUCAGUUGUGGACACGGGGCAGCGGGGCAUCGCCUUCCUGUGCUGCGCGCUGGACACCAGCGUGCUGCUGCUGCAGUGGUACGAGCCCCUGCACAAGUUCAUGCUGAUCAAGAACUUUGACUUCCCGCUGCCCAGCCCGCUGAAGGUCUUCCAGAUGGUGGCCGUCUCCCAGCAGGAGUACCCCCUGGUCUGCAUCGGGGUGUCCCGCGGUCCGGACUCCAACCAACCAAUCAGCUUCGACAACAUCAACCUCAACUCCAACACUUCCUGGUUCACCAACGCAGGCUUGGAGAAACGAUGCCCGGAAGUAGUUCAAGUGAACCAACUAGACAACAACUCACUACUUGUCCUUCUAGAAAGGUCAGUACACGUGGUCGGCCUGGAGGGGGAAACGAAGAGCAGCAGGGGUCACGGACGCAACGAGACCACGUUCGACUUUAACGUGGACUCUGUAGUAUAUUUUGAGGACUCGUUGCUGGUGGUGUGGCGCCACGGCUGGCAGAGGAGGGGGGAGAGCUUCACGGAGGUGCUCCAGCAUGAGCAUCUCCCCAGGAAGGAGUACCGGUUGAUCGGCUCCGACAGGCUGGUUGUCAUGGAGACGAGGACACUGGAGGAGCACUCCCCGGGCACGUGCAACCUCUACAUCCUGGAGAUCGCAGAGAACUACGUUGUGCUGCCGUGACCAGAGAGAGCAUCAUUGGAAAUCAUCUCUAGUCUAAAUUGAAUGUAAACAUAGCCGUUAGAUUUUUGAGGAGGUUACUGGUUAUCUUUGUUAGAUAAUAUGGACAACCAUUUGCUGUCCAUACACAUGUAGUGGUGACUCUCUGUCUGGGAAUACUCUGGGACAUUAUUUGUGGGUACAGAUUGCUGUCAGUCAUUUGGAUGCAAUGUAAAAAGACACCAUGUGUGAGAAAAUUUUUGAUUAAAUGUGAUACCCCCAUCUGACA